AUGGAGACUACCAAAACCAGCUUCCACACUGAGAUUGGCUCCGCCGGUGUGGAGCCUGAUUCUGUCGGUGAACUCAUGGCUAUCAAAGAAGAUGGUAUGUCACUGGGCACAAACAACACCUAUAAACUUGGGAGGUGGCAAUGUCCUUUUAUGCUUGCGGGUGCCGUUGGUGCCGCCAUAGCUUUUUUGACAAUUGGAUUCGCCAAGGACAUUGGGUACUCCUUUAGAGACAACCUCUCCGAGUAUACUCAGCAUCGCGCCUUAAUCAUUUUUGGGAUCGGAUUAUGGAUGUUGGAGAUUUCGAUCAACAUGAACGAUGCCCGCUGCAGAGACUUCCUUGAUGAUCUUGCCAGCAGAGAUCAACCAAAGAUCAGACUGGCAUAUCAGUUCUUCACAUUCUUCAUUGCAGUCGGAAACGAUCUGGGUUACUUGGCCACCUUAUUUAGUAGAUUCGAUGUUAUGUUGGCACUCACCGUGACAAAAGCAUGUGAUAGGUUCUGCGCAAAUGUGAAAAGCAUAUCAAUUUACUAA